ACACAAAAAUUUCAAUAAAAAAAUAAUAAUAAUUAAGAUAAUUAUGAAUGCAUUUCUUUCGUAUGAAACCUGUUAGCAAACUGUUCUCAAGCGUUUUCGAAGCUUAAAGGCGUUACUCACUUGUUUUCAGCUGUACAUUUUUUAACAGCAAUUGUUUCCGAUUAGUAGCUUAAUGUUUGCCAGCAGCAUUAAAUUCUCACAUUCAAGUUUUGUUUUCACUCGCAGUCAGACAGUUCUAGAAGUUGGAGAAGAUGCUGCGCUUGGGCAAUUAUUCAAAAGCUAUAAUUUUUGGCAUCAAUUAUUGGUUGAUAUUGGCCGACGCAUGCUAUAAUAGUCAAGAAUGUUACACACCGAAAAACUUUAAAGGAUAUUAUUACACACCUGAGGGAUUUCAAACCCUUACUGAUAGUCAGAAAAACAAUUGUGAGGGUAAUUGUGUUGAUAAUAACGUGACGCUGAUUUGUUGCACAUUCAAUACUCGACCCCAAAAAUAUCGCUUACUAUAUCAAUCAUGCAUAGACGAUCAUUUGCAGUAUGAAUUUAUUACAUUUGGCGUAGUGGCUAAACCAAAUGAGUUUCCAUUUAUGGCUGCCUUGGGUUGGCGUAUCACCAAAGAGGAUGGUACAGAGAGCAUAGCUUAUAGGUGUGGUGCAACUUUGAUCGCCAGCAGAUACUUGUUAACAGCGGCCCACUGUUUCUAUCACUCUAGUGAUCUGCCAGUUGUGGUGCGUCCAGGUGGUUUCGACCUUAAUAGCACCACAGCGAUUGAUUAUGAUAUCGACCAGAUUAUUGAACACCCCAACUACAUAUAUCCUGGUCUAUAUAAUGACAUAGCAAUCGUUCGUAUGGAGAAAGUAUUUCUUAGUUACACGUGGAUUGUUGCUAGAGCAUGUGUAUGGUAUAAGCCACUGGCUGAGCAGGAAGUCACUGCCAUAGGCUAUGGCAAUACGCAGUUUGCUGGUACCUCAUCACCACUCUUAAUGAAAACUAGUUUAUCGACCAUAUCCAAUGAGGAGUGUAAUCAACAUUAUGAACAAGAUGAUGAAGUGCUCAGCUCGGGUGUAGUCCCUACACAAUUAUGCGCAAAAGAUUAUGAAAAACUGCGUGAUACUUGUCAGGGCGAUUCUGGUGGUCCUUUGAUUGUGUAUGAAAAAAUCGACGGCUACAGUCUUAUGGCUUAUAUUGUAGGUAUUACGUCGUUUGGUAUUGGCUGCGGCACAGGUACCCCGGGCAUUUAUACACGUAUAUCUGAAUAUUUUGAUUGGAUUGAGGAAACAAUUUAUAAAUAAACAAACAUUUAGGUAGAAAUAUAUGCAUUGACAAAAAUUA